AAGAGCACUGAAACAAUUGAUUGAUCAAUCAUCCCCAAAGUUCACAAAAAGCUAAAGCCAAUAUAGAAAUACAAUACCUAUCACUAAGCUUUUAAAUCUUAACCUCUUCUUCCUUCUCUACUUAGCCACCAAGAAAAGCGACAGAAAAGAGUCGUCGAUCACCUUCUACAUAACUCUCCACUUGACUCCAUCUUCAUCAGCAAAAGAACAAACACUCUUUACACACACACAUACACUUCACAAGAGGCGUUUUCAAUACAAACACUAAGAAGCAAAGAGAUCAAAAACCGUCGUUACAUUACAUAUGAGCGCAGACUGGGGGCCAGUGAUUGUAGCGGUGUCUCUGUUCAUCCUACUAUCACCAGGCCUACUGUUUCAGAUUCCAGCAAGGACGAGAGUGGUUGAGUUCGGGAACAUGAGCACGAGCGGUAUCGCUAUUUUGGUUCACGCAGUUAUAUACUUUUGUAUACUCACAAUCUUGGUGAUCGCUAUACAAGUUCACAUCCAUUUCUGAUCUCUCUGCUCUCUUAUAUCAUGUAAAUGUACGUAACAAAAAAAAACGGAGUUUUAUUACAAACUCUAAUGUAAUUUACAAAUCUCUCGUUCAACAUGUCUAAACCAAGAUGACAGAAAGUAAGCAACUUUUGUCUGAAUUUGAGCAAAUAAACAGAGUUAAAGAGACUUUAAAGUAAAAAAGCAAACUGAAGUAAAUAUUACAAUACAAGUACGAAACACAACUUUCAUCAUGUCUGUUUGUUACAACAUCAACAAGAAGAAAAAAAAAACUAUAGAUUAAAGGUAAAUAAAACCCCUAAAUUACAGAGUUGAUAGACUCGUUUUCCAUAAAGGGUACACCUUUAC